AUGUCAAUGAGCCGCCCGGCCGCUGUCUUGCAGGCUGGGGGCGACGAUGACAAGAACGACGACCCGAUGGCUAUACUCGGGCAGCAUGAGCGACACGUGCUGGUGUUGACACGGGCCGGCAAGCCCGUCUUUUCUCAGCAUGGUCACGAAGAGCAACUCAGCCCACUGUGUGCCCUCCUUCAAGUGCUGCUGCACAUACACGAAGACAAGGAGAGCGGCGACGAGCAAAGCCGGGGUCCGUCCCAGCCUGCUCCCAGAUCGGACGGCACCGCAUCCUCCGCGGCCGUGAAGGAUGAGUUGCGCCAGGUAGUCUACUACUGCUCAAGGUCGACGUCCGGCGAGGCCUGGCAUCAAGGUGACGUGAACGCGCAAGUGCAAGCCCUGACACUCUUCUUCCACGUUCAGGGUGAGCUGAUGUACGUCAUGUCAGUGCGCAGUGUGGCCCCGUCACCCCCAGCAGGUGCUGUGGAGGUGUCAAGUGCGGAAGGAGAAUGCGAGCCGCCGCCACUGGCCAGCUACUGCCUGGCUCAGCUGCGGCAUGUCCACCACUGCAUCCUCCUCGUGCUUCCCACCGUGAACACUCUGCUGACGAGGUCACCCGGACUGGAUGUCAUGGCCACGUACACUUCGGCCGACCGUGCGGCGCUUCGAGAGCUCAUCGAGUCCCACCAGACCGAACUGACAUACGCUCUUGGUGCAGUGGCCACGCUGGCCCUCAGCGUAGAGAAGCGUCGAGUGGUAGAACGAGCGCUGCUGUGCUGUUACCGCAGCUGCGUCGACGCCGCCGUCGGGCCGCCGGCACACCAGUUGUUCAGCUUUCUGUACUUUAAAAACUACCUCGUGGCCGCCAUCGGACCUCCCGAGACGUACGCCGCAGACCUCAAGAUCUCUGUGUCCACGCCCCUUGCACUGGGGCCCGACACUGCACUCUGCGGCUGUCUGCAUGUCGACGACGCGCUUCUCCUGUACCGCUACGCUCGCUCGCUCGUCUCACGGCAGCUGGGGGAGGCGUGGGUGCCGGUGUGUCUGCCACGCUUCAACAGCACCGGCUACCUCUGGUGCUACGCCGUCAACUUCACUCGCUACGCGCGUGAGCUCCGUCAGCAGCAAGGCAGGACGGUAUGGCCAAAGGUCUGGGAGGAACACACGGAGCUCGAUUUAAUGCUGCUGCACGUGUCUGCCUCACAGGAUGACUUCACGGCGCUAUCUCGUUGCACCCGACGCUUCGCGCAGGACCUUUACGCGCCAGUCGUGGGGGACAACUUCUAUUAUCGGUUGGAGGAGGAACUCUACUACCGUACACCAGCCCCCUUGACGGAACUCCUGUCCUUGUCUCACAUGUCGCUGUCCCCCUGCUCCACGCGUGACCUGUCUAGCGGGACCGGCGGGGUGCCGCUGUGGUAUGGCGUGGUCAUCCAAGGCAGUGACGCAGCCUUCCUCAACGCCGCUCAAGGCGAAGAGGCCAAGCCAACAACGCGGGCGGCCGCAACAGCCACGCGCACGCUCGACUGUCCCUCAGCGAGCAUUCGGUUACUCUUUGAGAGCCAGCCCUCACCGCUGCUUAACAUCGCCACUGUGGAGAAUGCCAAGGAGUUCCGGCAGCUUGCAGCGCGCUACCAGGCGCAACUGCGUGCUGCCCCCGCCUCUUCUUCAGCCCCUUGCAUGCUGUUUGUGCGCCACAACAGCGCCCUCGCCUUUGCAGUGGUUCAGCCAACUCCGGCCACGCUGGCGACGCUGGCCGAGCAAUUCUUUUCGCCGAAGAAUCCGUUCGAUGUGCCAAGCGAUGGCACUGCCGCUGGCGGCGACGCUGCAGAGUUUCUCCAGGAGGGUCGAUGCAGUGCGGCCGCAGCCUCUCACCGCGGUGUAUCUUUGACUACCUGGGUAGAGGCCGUUCGUGCGCUUGGCGUAGCGGAGCUCACGGUGGUGUUCGGGGCUGCCACACCGGAGGCCAUGGCGUGGUAUUGGGUGGGGCACAUCUUGUUCAUCGCGGUGCAGCGGCGGAGCCACUUCGUUGUACGUCAGCUGAUCGGUGAUCGUCGGUGA